CCGUGGAGGAAGUUUCUUUGUCUUCUUUACCGGGGAGAAGAGGCGAGAUUGAAGAGAAGAGAGGGAGAUACAAAGUGAUAUGAAGGGAUAUGCGAGAAACCCAACAAAUCAAAGAACAAAUGAAUUUUUUUAGUAUUUUUUAGAUUUGUUUAAUAUUUUUGAUAUGAAUGAUUAUUAAGGUUUAUGGAGGAGUUAAUACUCAAAAUAGUCCCUGAAAGAUACCUCGAUCAGCGUUUUAGUCCUCGAAAGAUAAAAUUAAUCAAAUUCGUCUCCGAAAGUUACUCACGCUGAUCGAAUUGGUCCUUUCGUCAUUUCAGUUGGUGAUGUGGCUAACGUUUGCUGAGCUGGAACGUUAAGUGCCUGCAUGGUAGACUCCAAAACGACGUAGUUUCGUUCCUCCACCCCCCAAAUUAAUGGAACGACGUCGUUUAUGGUCCAGAGUGGGAUAUUCAAACGUUCUUCCCAUCUCUUCUCUCAUAACAAUCCUCUUCAACUUUCGCUCCAAAACCCCUCCUCUUCUCUCUACUCUGGUACUCUGCCCAAGGAUCCUUUGAUCAGAACCUCGUAGCGUUAUUGACGAUUCUUGUGCGUGUCGAGUAGUUGGCUCUACUACAUCGGAUAGUUGGAGGAGCUUGCAGAGGAGUUUCGCUGUUGGAGAAAGGAACAGUAAUUGUCAUAAGAUGGAGGGUCCUCCUAUGACAUUUAUAUUUCACCAUGGUGGGAAGUUUAAAAAGGAUGAAGGUGAAAAUCUGUACUAUGAGUCGGAUCACACAGAGGUGUUAAUGGGAGUUGAAGGUGACACACUGGACGUGUUCUUUGUGAAGAGAUACUAUGUGGAACUGGGAUAUGCUGAGGCUAGGGAGUGUUGGUGGAAAUCUCCAGGGGUUCCCCUUGAAUAUGGGCUGAGGAGGCUGGCCAUAGAUCAUGAUUUGAUUGCAAUGGUGAAGGAUUGCAGGAGGAACUUCAACUUGAUCAACUUGUAUUUCGAGCAUGGUGUUUCAGAGCCAUGUGUGGUUGAUGAGCAGAAAGAAGAUGUGCCAAAAAAAUAAGCAAACCCAAACCAAGAGACAUCACUCUCAACCCACCAAGUUACCAUCCCACCAAAAACCAUGAUCUGAAUCCACAAAGGCAUCAGCUGAAGGUAGCAGAUUAUCCUCUCAGCCUUCAAAAUUGCCUUCUCAGUCCACCAAAUUUUCUACCCAACCCACAAAGGAAUCAAGUCAGCCCACUAAAUUGCAUACCCAGCCCACUAAGCAACCAAUUCAGCCCACUAAGCCCAGUGGACCAUCAUCUAAGCCCACUAGACCCUCAUCUAAUCCUACCAGACCAUCAUCUCAGCCCACCAAAACAUCACAUCACCAUGUGCAAACUCCAAUCACAAUCCAAAAAAUCCUAUAGUCAGCCUACCAAACCUACCCCUGCUCCAUCUCAGAACAAAGGAAAAACCAAGGUCACUACCACCAUAAGAGCUGGAAGGCAUGUGAAGACUUUGGAGGUUGAAGAAGACAGUGACUCUCAUGACACCUAUGAAAGUGUUGAGGACAGCCUUUACAAACCUCCAAAGGUACUAGGGGAUGAUGAAUCUAGCAGUGAGAGUGAUGAUGGUGUGAACUCUACUGGUCAGAACAAAAAAAAGUGAGGUCAAAGAGAAGCACAAGCCUGCUAAGACCAAAUUAGCAGAGAAAGAAAUAGAGACUGACGAUUCAAGCUAUGAAGCUUCUGAGGAUGAGGAUGACAGUGACUCAGACCUAGAAGAUAAUCCCCUUGAUGAUGGUGAUUCGGAUCUCAACUCAUGGCACUCGGAGGACUCAGGCCAGGAAUUGGAGUCUGAUGAGGAAUCACCAACUGUAUAUCCUCAGUAUAAUGACAAGGAAAAGUUCGCGGACCUCAAAUUUGAGGUUAGUAUGAUAUUCAAAUCAAAAGAACAUUUUAUGCAUGCAAUUAGGGACUACACAAUCCAGUUAGGUAGAAACAUAUUGUUUACAAAGAAUGAGAAUGUUCGGGUUAAGGCUGUGUGUAAGGCUGAGGGUUGUCCUUGGCGCACGUAGUAAGCAAGAUGGGUUAUGGCAGAUUAAAACCUUAGUUGACAACCAUAUCUGUCCUAGAAGGCGAAAAAACAGGACAGCUACCCAACAAUGGACACUAAGCAAACUUGUACCAAAACUUAGGAAGCACCCUACAAUGAGACAUCGAGAAGUGUAUGAGUGGUUUGUGAAGAAGUGUAAUGUAAACCUCAACAGCACCUGCAUCACUAGAGCAUUGAAAGCUGCUAGGAAAGUGGUAGAGGGGGAUGAAGUUGCCCAGUAUGAGUUAAUCUGGGACGAUGCUAAUGAAUUGCUUACAAGUAAUUCCGGGUCUACAGUUCAAGUAAGUGUAAUCCCAAUGCCAGAGGGUCCUCCUCAAUUUGAGAGGUUUUAUGUGUGUCUUGAUGCCUGUAAAAAAGGUUUUAAGGCUGGGUGUAGACCGAUGAUUGGUUUGGAUGGGACUUUUCUUAAGACCCUGCACGGUGGACAAAUAUUGACUGUGUGUGCUCAGGAUGCCAAUAAUCACAUCUUUGUCGUUUGUCUAUGCAAUUGUGGAUGUGAAAAAUAAAGACAACUGGAAAUGGUUUCUGGACCUGUUGCAGUCAGACCUUGGCAACUACAAUGAUAACAAGUUGUGCAUCAUUUCAAACAUGCAGAAGGGACUAAUCCCAGCAGUGAAGGAAGUCAUGUCCAUGGCCCAGCACAGAUUUUGUGUGUGGCAUCUGUGGUGGAAUUUUUCAAAACAAUGGGGUAGCACAGAGUUGAAAGACCUAGUCUGGGAAUGUGCUAGGUCAAGAACACGUAAUGAGUUCGAGAGGAACAUGAAGAGAGUAAAGGUCAUCAACGAGCAGGCUUGGCAGUAUCUUGAAAAGUGGCCGAAGGAAGCUUGGAGUAAGGCGUACUUCAGUGAGGAUCCCAAGAAUGACAACAUUUGCAACAAUGCUUGCGAAUCAUUCAAUGCUAAAAUAAAGCAUGAAAGGACCAAGCCGAUUUUGACUUUGGCUGAAGAGGUUAAAAGAAUAAUCAUGAAGAGCAUGGUCGAUAACAAACUGAAGUUGAGCACUUAUCAAGGAAUUCUACCCCUGGUUCAGCAAUGCAGACUAGAAGCCAUGACAAAGUUAUCUAGUCACUGGGCUCCCCAAUGGUGCGGGGAUGAUAAAGAGGAGUUGUUUGAAGUACAUGGCUGGCCCACAAACAUGGUGGUCGACUUGGGAAAGCACACUUGCACCUGUCGGUUCUGGCAACUCACAGGGAUGACAUGUAUGCAUGCAAUUUCAGCCAUUCAAGACAAAAAUGGUAAGAGGACUGAGGAGUAUUGCCAUGAGUUGUUGACAAUGGAGGCGUAUAAAAGGACAUACUGUUUCAAUGUUAACCCGGUGAAAGGACAAGAUUUGUGGGAGAAAACAUCCUCACCUGCCCCUGUUCUACUCCCAAUUAAGCCAAAACCUGGCAGGCCUACCAAGAAGAGGAGAAAGAACAAGGGAGAGCAGCCGGUUGGGUCAAGCACCAAGAUGAAGAGGAAGUACAACCCAAUUAGGUGCAUGUAUUAUGGUGAAGUUGGACACAACAAGCGAAGCUGUGCAAAGAAGAAAAAGGAGGAUGCUGAGAAACAAGCUAGGCAAAUGCAACUUCAGCUUGCCCUUGCUAAAGGGCCUACUCCCCCUACAGAUGAGCCAAACACCAACAAUGAAGUUCAAUCACAGUCUCCCCCUCCUCCCCUAGUCCAGCCACAACCGGUUGUGGAAGUCAACCAACCAGGAGGAACCCCACCAAUGCAAAAUACCCAACUGCCUGUUCAAGACCUUUAGGGUGCAAAGAGAGGCAGGCCACCCAAAUUGCAUGUCAUCAAAAGCAAGGCCAGAUCGAAUGCCUCCACACAGUCACCUGUGGCCAUAUCUGCUGAGACAUUGAAAGGAACAACUUUCGCAACUGCAAAGAAGAUGCAACCUUCAUGACAUUCGUCCCUACUCCAGGCUUCAAGCGUCCAAGAAAGAAAGAUUAAUGUGUUUAACUAGGAAAUAUAUUUUGUAUGUAGUUGCAACUUUGUUUUUUGGGAACAUGCCUCUGUAAACUGCUUCUGUGUUCAGGAUCACUUAAGUUAGGCCUAGUAUGUUUUUUUUGUUUAAGUGAACAAUGCUGUUUGAACUUAUGCUUUGGAUUGUUCUUUUAA